GUAAGAAUACUUUAUCGUACGUAAAAUGAAGAUUCUUGAAUGUUUGUAGUAAUUUAAUGUUUACAUAUUAAAACUGUGAUACAAUAUCUUAAAAUUUCUUAAAAUUUAUUAGGUUUCUACUUCUUUAUUAAAGUAAUCUUCCAAUGGAUAAAUUAAAAGAGUUAUUAUGAAGACAUAGCUGUUUAACCAUUUAACUCUUGUGUGUUGUGAUAAGUGUUUGGAUAAAAAAAUUUUUUUUUAAAUUUCUUGGAUUACACUUGACCGCUUGGAAUCCCUGUUCUGGCUUGUGGUAAACUAUGAAAAUGGUUUUAUCUCAGCGGCAAAGGGAUGAGCUGAACAAGGCCAUAGCUGAUUAUUUGGCAUCUAGCGGUUAUAUGGAUGCUCUGGAAGCAUUCAAAAAGGAAUCAGAUAUGCAUGGUGAAGUGGAUAAAAAGUACUCUGGCAUUCUUGAAAAGAAAUGGACGUCUGUAAUUAGGUUACAAAAGAAAGUAAUAGAUCUGGAAGCUAAGUUAGCUGAAGCUGAAAGGGAGUACAUAGCAGGUGCUCCUACUCGAGACAAACGUUCACCGUCAGAGUGGAUUCCUAGACCUCCUGAGCGGCAUUGUCUUUCUGCACAUAGAGCUCCAGUGACAAGAGUUGUGUUUCAUCCAGUUUAUAAUGUUAUAGUUUCCUCUAGUGAAGAUGCCACAAUAAAAGUUUGGGAUUAUGAAACAGGCGAAUAUGAGAAGACACUAAAAGGCCAUACUGAUUCAGUUCAAGAUAUAGCUUUUGACCAUACUGGUAAAUGGUUAGUUUCUUGUUCAGCUGAUAUGACAGUGAAACUUUGGGACUUCACACUUUUUGAAUGUGUCAGAACUAUGAGAGGACAUGAUCAUAAUGUAUCAUCAGUGACAUUUCUACCCAGUGGAGAUCACAUAGUGUCGUCUUCCAGGGAUAAAACUAUGAAGAUGUGGGAGGUAUCUACUGGGUACUGUGUGAAGACAUUUUCUGGCCACCGAGAAUGGGUGAGGAUGGUACGAGUGAAUCAAGAUGGUUCCCUCCUAGCUAGUUGUUCAAAUGAUCAAACUGUUCGAGUUUGGGUUGUUAGUACUAGAGAAUGUAAACUAGAACUAAGAGAACAUGAUCAUGUCGUAGAAUGUAUAGCUUGGGCACCUGAAUCUGCUUAUUCUGCUAUAAACGAUGCUGCUGGAAUUGAUAAUAAGCAUGGUGUUCGCACUGGACCGUUCCUGAUUUCUGGAUCUCGUGAUAAAACUAUAAAGCUGUGGGAUAUUAGUGUUGGCAUAUGUUUGUUCACUCUAGUUGGUCAUGAUAAUUGGGUGAGAGGUGUGAAGUUCCAUCCUGGAGGAAAAUAUAUCGUCAGUGCAUCUGAUGAUAAGACCUUGCGUGUUUGGGAUGUGAAAAAUAAGCGCUGCUGCAAAACGAUUGAAGCACAUGCGCACUUCUGCACGUCAGUAGAUUUCCACCACUGUGCUCCAUUUGUAAUCACUGGAAGUGUUGAUCAGACUGUGAAGGUGUGGGAGUGUCGCUAAUGCUGCUGUGUGCAUACUGGUACUUUCUAUUAGCCAAAAAAAUGUCAUACAUUUUUACAGCCGUAGCUGUCCACAACUGAAAUUAAUCCUAAUAUAGCUAAAUUAUUAUGUUAUUUUAUUUUUUUAAUUUCAGUGAUGAAUGUAAAACUUGUCUUUAAAUGAUAUUAAAUUCAGGAAACUGCUUCUUAUUCAUUGGAUGUUGAAAUGACACUUCAUUCACUUGACUUCUUGAAUUUUUUUUCCCCCCAGUAAUCAAACAUGGCACCUGUGGAGUAUUUUCAUACAAUGCUUACGAUACUUUGAUCAAUUGGACUAUUCCUUUUGCUUCCCCUCUAUGCAAUGAAUUAGGGAUGCAGUUAUAUCAAAGUACCGUCAUUCCCUACAUUAUUUCUGUCAGCUAUUGAAACCUCUUGCUUUUGGCUGUAAUCAAAAGUUCCAAGAGUUGAUGCCUUCAUUUGGUAUUAAAAUGAAGUGCAUUCUGUAAUCUGUUAAACGAUGUGUGUAUAGUAUGCUUCCACCACUGUUAUGCAUAAUCUCGUGUGAUCCAUGUAUAGUAAGUGAUCGUGCUGGUGUUUUCUCCCGAGCUAGUUUAUAAGCUUUGGUUCAAGUGUCAACAAAAUUUUUAGGUAAUUGUACAAAAUGACUGAUUUUUGAUUGGAUGACAAUAUAAUAAAAAUGCAAAUGCAGUUGAAUCAAGUUACAAUUGUCCUAUUUUUUAAUUUUUUUUUUUUCCCUUGCUUGGGAUUUGAUUAUAAACAAAAUGUAAAUUAAGGAUUUCUUGCCAAUGGCUCAUAAUUUGUGUGUGUGUGUGUAUCUUUUUUUCUUUCAAAAUAGCAUGCAAAAUUUUUAUUUUUCUCAAGGAUAGCUUUUUCCUAGGUUUUGUAAAAUUAAGAUAGUUAAUCACAUGUAAUUUAUGUUUGUGUGGCCUAAUUUAAUGAGAUCUGUUGUUUAAACUCACUGAUUUUUAUUGUGUAGAAUAAAAUAUUUAUGACUGUUGUACAUAUAAUUUCAUUUUAUCAGAUGAAAUAAAGGCUUUUGUCAGUUGUAGAAAGUACUGUGAUAUGGGCUUGAUUUUUAAUAAUAAUUAUUUUUUUUAUCUUCUAAUGCUUGCUUUCUGUGUUUAAAAAAAUGUUCUUGUUGAUAGAUAAUUUUUAUCACAAAUUUUGCUGUCUAUUGUAGACACUUAAAGCUUUAACUUGCAUCAUCGUGAUUUAUUUUUGAUUAUUUUUCAAAAUUGCAAAUAUAAGAAAUUAAUUCUACUUAUUCGUGUGGAUCUAUUAAGUAUGAAUGUAAUGUAUAAAUUCAAGAGUUGUAAUUGUUAUUUUUCUUCAACUUUUCUUAAUUUAUAAAUGAUUUUUUUUGUGAAAUGCAUAAGUGCAUGAUAUCUUACCACCUCAUGUUGUGCAAUUACUUCAUACAGCAUUUGUGUUUUGCAGUGCUUUUUCUAUUAAAUACUAAUUAAAUAUGUAUGAUAUAUAUUUCAUGAGACAGUAUUGGAAAAAUGUCCAACAUUCAUUCUUAACUUGUACCCAUUUCAUUGCAAAACCUGAGUAGUAUUGAAUAAUAUUAAGUAAUUCUGCUGUAAAGUAAUUAAUGUAAAUUAACUUCUGCACAAAAGAAGUCAGAUCAUGUUUUGUUUUGUAAAAUUUCUAAUUGCACGUAUGACUUCAAAAAAAAAAAAAAUGACAGUAAUGGAUGUUCGUUAGCAAAACUUAAUUCCUCUUGCAUAAACUUGAGGUCUCUUAUCUCAUUCAUAACUGAUAGUUAUAUCAUCAGCUGCACAUUAUAGAACCAUUCGAGGAUUAGUACUGAAACCUUUAAAUGAAUGAAAUUUCAUAUCGCAGAAACAUCUUGUCUUAAAAGCAGCAAAUAAUGUUUUGCCUUAGAAGAUUAAUGAUUAUUUCUCCAAAGUUCUAGCUUUGUGUAGGAAAAAAAAAAAUAAUAAUAGUGUAGUUUUUAAAGUGAUUCCAUUUGUACAUAUAAUAAUGCUUGAUUGUGAUUUAAGAAGAUUCAUUUUUCAAAAGUAUUGAAGCUGAAUAUAUAUAUAUGAAGUAUUUCUAGAUAGCUGCUUAAAAUUUGGCGGAAUUGGAAAAAAUAACUACUGUUGACACUUGCAGCAGUGUAAGUUUUUGAUGCUUGCACUUGAAGAUUCUGAAGAUUUGAUAACUAUACAAAAUACUGCAAUUGAAUAAUGCAAAAUUGUACAUAAUUGUGGCUGAUAGGCCAAUGCACUUUUAAAAAUAACACCUGCAUUGUGCAACUUUUGUGUUUAUAUUGGCUUAAUAAACUGUAUUGUCAUGACUGUA